AAAUUCGAUAUAUUAUGUGUGAUAUGAUAUGAUGCAACUGGCAGAAAACAGUACACCGGUAACAAAAUGACAUAUUUUUAUUGGGACUGUCCGCAAAGUGUUACACAACGUUUUUUAGUGGUCAUUUGUGUACAACAAUUAUAUACAUUGCAACCAAAAUUUGUUAAAAUCUCUAUAUUUUCAUUGAUGUACAAAACCAAAUAUUAACUUCUGUCCCGAAUACCGAAGCAGUACAGUCUACUAUGAAGGUUUAGUACGAAAAAUAAUGUAAACAGCUAUGAGAUUCACAUGAUGAAAUAAGGUUCAAAGGGAUGACUUUUCUUAGCAGACUUUCCCUGACACCUCGAACAGAUAUGAAGACACUCCGAAGUACAAAGUAGAUAGAAGCGAAGAUUUGUUCUUUUGAAGCCCAUCGUAUCAUGAGCAUAGUGUUUGCCAAUUUUGCCCCUUCUCCUAUUUUAAACAAUUGUGAAUGUCGGAAGUAUGUUUAAUAUCUUAUGUUCCAGUAAAUGUCAAAGAACGUUUUUUUUCGAUCACUUUCAAGUCUAUAAUGUCUCCACUCAGUCUAGAUACAAAGGACAUUAUUAACAAAAAUAAUAAUAGACUAGUCUAACUUUGAUUUGAUUUGAUUUAGUUUCUAGUGAUUUAUAUUUUAAGUCACUAAUUAUACUACUGAUCAUGAUACAAACAUGGCUCUAAAAAUGCUUUUUAUCAUUGAAUCCUCUUAUUGAAUCCUUGUGUUAUAUUGAGUUUAAUUUAGUUGCAUUCAAAAGAGUUGCAUUUAGUCUUUAGUUGAUUAUUUGAUACUGAUGUUGCAUCGGGCUGGCCACACUGCCCGUUCCCUCCUGUCAACUGUAGCCUCUGCUGCACUCUCAACAGACUACCCUACUCUUCAUCAACACAGCAUCGAGUCCAGUGAUGAGUUUUGGAACCAAAUAGCAACAGAAAGGAUAUACUGGAGAGAGCCGUACCAGACAAUCUCGGACUGCAAUUUCAAAGCAGGAAAAGUGAACUGGUUUACAGGCGGUAAACUCAAUGUGUCAGAAAACCUGUUGGACAGACAUCUAGUGGAACACAGUGACAAGGCAGCUAUACUAUGGGAGCGCGACGAGCCAGGGCAACAUGAGAUAGUCACAUACAAAGCACUCCAUGAGAUGACAUGCCGUAUUGCAAAUGUGCUAAAAUCUCACGGGGUUUCAAAAGGAGAUAGAGUGGGUGUUUACCUCCCUAUGUGCCCUACUGCUGCUGCUGUCAUGUUAGCUUGUGCUAGAAUAGGAGCUAUACAUAACGUUGUAUUUGCUGGGUUUAGUGCAGAGGCUCUUGGUAAACGUCUCGAACAAUCUGAAGCUAAAGUAGCAUUCACUGCUGACAGGGCUAUACGAGGUGGUAAACUGAUUCCUCUGAAGAGUAUUAUGGACGAGGCAGCGAAGAUGGCCCCCUCUGUCCAGAAAGUAUUUGUUAUGGACAGAACUGGAGCUGUAGAGCUCACUUCAAGCAAGGAUGUGUCUCUUGAGAGUGAAAUGGCUGGUGCCUCGUCAGAGUGUGCUCCAGUAGUAUUAGACUCUGAAGACCCUCUGUUCAUGUUAUACACCUCUGGAAGCACUGGAGCUCCCAAAGGUUUAGUUCACACUCAGGCGGGCUAUCUAACGUACGCUGGUUACACCCACCAGCAAAUAUUUGACUACAAGCCAGAUGACGUGUACGCCUGUGUAGCGGAUGUGGGGUGGAUUACCGGUCACUCGUACGUGGUGUACGGUCCUCUCAGUAACGCUGCUACCACUGUUAUGUUCGAGAGUACGCCUAAUUACCCCGACCCUGGUCGUUACUGGGAGACGGUUGAAAGGCUGAAAAUAAACCAGUUUUACGGAGCUCCCACAGCUGUGAGACUACUCAUGAAGAGCAGUGAUAGUUAUGUGACCAAAUACGACAGGUCAUCGCUGAGAACGCUAGGAACAGUUGGUGAGCCUAUAAAUCCUAAAGCUUGGCAGUGGUACUUUGACAUUGUGGGAGAGGGGCGAUGUCCCGUAGUGGAUACUUGGUGGCAAACUGAAACAGGUGGUAUAAUGAUAGCUCCCAGACCUGGCCUAGACCCCAAUAACCUCACUAACUUGAAGCCUGGAGCCGCUAUGAGACCUUUUUACGGAGUGGAUAUUGCUCUCAUGAGCCCUGACACCAAGGAGAACGAUCUCCAGAUUGUCGUGGAUCUAACUCCAAGAGCCACAAUAGUGUCUCCUGCUACACCCUGGUCUUUAAGAAUCUGA